AUGCGUGAGCUCGAUUAUAUCACCCCAGCCCUUGGGAAGAGUGCUUCAACUACUCGCCUGUCCACCAUGACCGGUCCCAUUGAAGCGCCCCGCCCAAGGCGAAUCCCCUACUGGCGAAUCCUGACCGAUCAGGGCGUUGUUACCCCCGACAUCAUCGACCAUGCCUACGUGGGCUCCGGAACGGAAGAGGAUCCUUUUGUCGUCGAAUGGAUUCCAGAUGAUCCACGAAACCCAAUGGGGUUCGAUACGAGCCUGAAAUGGACGUACACCGUCAUUGUCGCUUUCGCCACUUUUGCGGUGUCACUGGCUUCUUCGGCAUACGCUGGCAGUAUCAGCGAGGUGAUCAAGGAUUUUGACGUGAGUGAGGAGGUGGCAACACUGGGUGUAUCAUUGUUUGUGCUUGGGUUUGCCGUCGGGCCACUCCUUUGGGCACCUCUCUGUGAGCUUAUGGGUCGUCAGCUCGUUUUUCUCGGCACAUUCUUCUGUCUAUCGGCAUUCUGCGCCGGUGCGGUUGGCUCGCAAAAUGUGUGGACCUUGAUUAUUCUGCGGUUUUUUGCCGGCUCCUUCGGCUCGUCCCCUCUGACCAACGCAGGGGGGGUCAUUGCCGACAUCUUCACCGCAGAUCAGCGAGGGCUUGCAACGAGUCUUUUUGCGGGGGCCCCCUUCCUGGGGCCCACGCUGGGCCCCGUGGUUGGGGGUUUCCUGGGGGAAUAUGCAACCGCCGAUCAUUUUCUGGGCUGGCGCUGGGUUCAGGUGUUCUUGGCCGUCUUUACCGGCCUGAUCUGGAUCGUCCAAGGGCUUGUGAUCCCCGAAACCUAUGCACCCCUGCUACUGAGUAAACGAGCUGAUCGACUAUCUUCGCUUACUGGUAGAGUCUACCGCAGCAAGGUCGAGAUCGAUCGCGGUAGGCUGUCAGCUCGAGAUGCUUUCACUACAGCACUGUCGCGUCCGUGGAUCCUGCUCUUUUCCGAGCCCAUCGUACUGCUACUCUCGUUGUAUAUGGCGAUUGUCUACGGCACUCUUUAUAUGCUGUUUGAUGCAUUUCCAAUCAUCUUCCAGAACAUCCGCGGCUGGGGUGAGGGUGUUGGCAGCCUUCCAUUCCUCGCUGUCAUGAUUGGGAUGAUGUUAGCUGUCGGGCUUAACAUGUAUGACAACAAGCGAUACGUUCGGAUUCACAAGGCCCACGACGGAUUUGCACCCCCAGAGGCCCGUCUUCCUCCCACCAUGUGGGGAGGCCUUGCUAUCCCUGUUGGACUCUUUUGGUUUGCGUGGACAAACUCCGGAUCACUUCCCUGGAUAGUGAGCGUCCUGGCGACUGCCCCAUUCGGGUUCGGCAUGGUAUUUGUCUUCCUCGGAAUCAUGAACUAUCUGAUUGACUCGUACACCAUCUAUGCGGCCUCAGUACUGGCCGCCAACUCGAUCAUCCGCUCAUGCUUCGGUGCUGGAUUUCCUCUCUUCACAACAUACAUGUAUCAAAAUCUCGGAAUCCACUGGGCGUCAUGCGUCCCUGCAUUCCUGUCACUUGCAUGUGCACCGUUCCCGUUCAUCUUCUACCACUACGGUCCCAUGAUUCGCCGCAGGUGCAAGUACGCUGCCGAGGCGGAUAGCUUCAUUCGCAGCUUGGCCCAGAAGGCGAAAGCACCCGACUGCGUAGAUGAGAAACAGAAUGAAGCCAAGCCGGUACCCACUACCACAGACCACGGGGCCUUGGCGGAAAUAAACCCGGAUGGGGAUGCGUCCUCGGUUUCCUCUCGCUCGUCUUUGGAGCGCAUUGAGACUGCAUACGACGCCAAUCCUUAUGAUAUAGACCGCGUGAACACCCAAAACUCGGCCAUCACGCGUCGAUCACAUUCCACUAAAGGUCGUCGAUCCUGGCUAUCUUCCUUUGGACGCAGCCAAGUGUCGCGGACUGCGUGUGCAGCCUCCAAGGAUACAAGGCUCGACUCGCUCAAUACCUAA